AUGGUCACGACAGACGAGUCAAGACACCUCCAUGGGUUGGUUGACAUGGGCAGUAACGGCAUCCGCUUCUCAAUCACCGAACUAACGCCAGGGACACAAAGAAUUUUGCCGACUGUGUAUCUGGAUCGGGCAGCUAUUUCAUUAUAUGACGCUCAAUACGAAAAUGGCCAAGUCGUGCCGAUUCCAGACGCUACGAUCAAGCAAGUGGUCAAAUCUCUGUUGCGUUUCAAAGCGACGUGCGAAGACUUCGGCGUACCUGAGAAGCAGAUUCGCAUUGUAGCUACGGAAGCUACCAGAAAAGCUAGCAAUUCUGAGGACUUUCAAAAUACGAUCAAAGAUGCUACCGGCUGGACUGUUCAACUUCUGUCGAAAGAGAUGGAAGGCCGGGUCGGAGCGUUCGGUGUAGCAAGCUCAUAUCAUAGGCCAACAGGGCUCAUGAUGGACCUAGGUGGAGGCUCUACGCAGAUCAACUGGAUGUCUAGUCGGGUCGGUUACGAUGAAAUUGAAAUGUGCGAGAAAGGAAGUGCAAGCCUCCCGUACGGUGCUGCUGCCCUUAUCAAGAGGCUUGAAGAAGCAGGCUCUCCCGACAGCGAUGCUUUCAAGACGUUCGAAAGUCAAGUUCUCAUGGAUCUCAAAGCUGCAGUUCAAGACAUAAAGAUACCACAGCAUCUGCUUGAUCGUUCACAUUCACCCGAAGGCCUUUCACUCUAUCUGUCUGGUGGUGGCUUUCGUGGCUGGGGCUUCGUACUUAUGUCGGAGCAUGCAAUCCAACCAUAUCCCAUACCUAUCAUUAACGGGUUCCGUACCACCAAGGAUGCAUUCCAUGAUACGCUGGCUAUACAAGCUGCCGUUCAAAAAGAGGAUACUCCUGAAAUCUUCCGUGUAUCGGCUCGCAGAGCAAGUCAGGUUCCAGCAGUAGCUUUCCUGGUGAAUUGCUUGUCUAAAGCACUACCGAGUAUCAAGGACGUAUACUUCUGUCAAGGAGGUGUACGAGAAGGCAUGUAUUUCGCGGAGAUGGACCCAGCAAACUGGUCGGACUGGCCCUUAGUGGCUGCCACAAGAUCGUAUGCCAAGCCGUCGAGCCAUGAGUUUGUGGAAGUUUUGCAAAGAGCCAGUAUGUCUAUGCCAACACCAUCGCACCAAGAGUUGUUCAGCAUCGGUAUGACGAGAGCAUUCGCCUAUACUAUGUUUGCACACAUGGCUCAAGUCAAGGAUCUGCGAGCUGGAUCUGCGCUUCGAAGCACUACCACCGGAUUGUUUUCCGCCGCACAUGGUUUGAGUCACGAAGACCGCGCGAUACUUGCCAUCUUCCUCUGCGAACGCUAUGGCGGUUACAGUUCGAUAAGUCCUACGGAGCAGGAUUUCUACCGCCGAAUGCUGCAACUCGUGCCAGGACACUUGCAAUGGUGGUGCAUGUAUACUGGUCGCGUUGCUGCAGUUUUGGCCAGCGUAUAUCCUGCGGGUGUGGUUCGGGAGAAGAGGGUGGAACUGACUUCACAAUGGACGACGACAAAGAAAGGAAACGAGAAGUUGUGUGUAGAUUUCAAGUUUAGUAAGGAACCGGAUGAACUUGACGAAGGGCUCAAUGCAGCACUGAGAAAGGUGGAAAAGGCGGGAAAGAAGAAGAACUGGAUAGGAGGACACGGAUACAAAGUGCUUUUGAGGAUCAAUGGCAAGGAAUACAGUGAGGAUGAUUAA